AUUGUGUUUUCUCGAAAGAGCCAAAGCAAAUGGAGGCAUCAAAUUCUGCUCCAAGGAGAGAAGAAGAAGAAGAAGAAGAACAAGACCAACUCGAAAAAGACCGUUUUGUCCCUUCGCAUCACCCUUCCGCACCGCCGGAUGAGUUAUUUGAUAUUUCCACAGCAGUUGAUCCGAGUUACGUAAUUUCAUUGAUAAGGAAACUUCUUCCAGUUGAACCGAGAAGCGGUGGUAAUACUGAAAUUCGGGGAUCAAAUUGUAUUGAUGAAGUUGUAAAUUCGUCAAAUGAUAGUUGUGAAAGCAGGGAGGUUGUUGAUGAUUCUACGAAAUCUGAUUUUCGAGGGGAAGGCGAUGGGGAUUUGCGCGAUGGGGGAACUGCUCAUUUAUCAGCAGGGGAAGAGGUUUGGGAGGAAUGCGGUUGUGUUCUUUGGGAUCUUGCUGCAAACCAAACUCAUUCCGAGCUUAUGGUGCAAAACUUUGUACUUGAUGUUCUUUUAGCAAACCUUAUGGUUACCCAAUCUGUUCGUGUAACUGAGAUUUGUCUUGGAAUCUUGGGAAAUUUAGCUUGCCAUGAAGUUCCCAUGAAGCAUAUAGUUUCUACAAAUGGAUUAAUUUCUGUGAUGGUAAAUCAGUUAUUUUUAGAUGACACCCAAUGUCUAUGUGAAGCUUUCCGGCUGUUAAGUUAUGGUCUCCAAGGUCGUGAAUGCAUAAAAUGGGCAGAGGCAUUGCAGCCUGACCACAUUUUAAGCCGCAUUCUAUGGAUCAUGGAAAAUACAUUAAAUCCUCAGCUUAUUGAAAAGAGUGUUGGACUACUAUUAUCAAUGUUAGAAAGUCAGAAUGAAGUUGAGCAUACUCUUCUCUCACGUUUGAUGAAACUUGGUUUAGCUAGUAUACUAGUGAAUCUUUUAGCUUUUGAGAUGAGCAAACUGAAGAAUGACAAAAUGCCUGACAGGUACCCUGUUCUUGAUGUUAUUCUUCGUGCACUUGAAGCCCUCUGCGUUAUAGAUGUAUAUUCUCUGGAAAUCUGCUCAAAUAAAGAUUUUUUCCAACUAGUCUGUGAUUUGAUUAAAUUCCCUGAUAAAGUUGAGAUCUCCACCUCUUGUGUGACUGCAGUAGUUUUAAUUGCAAAUAUUGUGUCUGAUGUACCUGAUCUAGCUUCAAACAUAUCACAGGAUUUCCCUUUCUUGCAAGGACUGCUCGAUAUUUUCCCAUUUACUUCUGAUGAUUCUGGAGCACGAUGUGCACUAUGGAGCAUUAUUGCAAGGUUACUAGUUCGAGUUCGAGAGGAUGAAAUGAGUACUUCUAGUCUACGUCAAAUUGUAUUUAUUCUAUUGAGCAAAUCUGAUGCGAUAGAAGAUGAUCUUUUUGAUCACCAAUUUGAUGAGAACAAGGGUUUUGAGAGCGUGGCCACCUCUGGCAGAAAACUGGAUGCCCGAACUCUAGCUCUUAGAAGGAUAACCUGCAUCCUAAACAAGUGGAAUGCUUUAAAGGAUUCUUUCGAGAAGGAUAUGAUUGAGGAACACGCUACUGAUGAAAAAAUCUGUAGAUUGUUGGGUAUCUGUCACAAACACACUGUAUCUGAUACUUCUUAAUAAUCAUUCUUGGGGAAACCGAACUUGCAAGUCCAUGAAUCAUUCAUUUAACUUGCGCAGGAAGAGGUGAAUUGUAACAGAAUAGUUGAGUUGUCCUUUCUUAUCUUUCGAACCAAUUAACUGAUGCUUUAUGAGGUACAGAACCAUUAAACCUCAUAAUAUAUUUACACUAUAUAUUCCUAAAAUUAAUAGUCGAGAAGGAAAUCUGGUAUUUUAGUGUCCUA